AUGGUUGUUCAAAAUCCAAACAAUUGGCACUGGGUUGAUAAGAAUUGUAUCGAUUGGGCCCGUGCAUAUUUUGUUGAAAAAUUAGGGUCCAUUUCUGCCGAAGAUGUAGAGAGCAAGAUUAAUGUUAAAAUCACCACUGUGAAGUCAUUGAAGGGUGAUUGUGAAGUUUGCCAGCGUAAAGGUAAAGUCAUCUCACUUUUUGAUAUGGCGCUAGAAGCCAACUAUGAAUCAAGCUCUGGCCACAAGGGAGUUAUUACUGUUCCUGAGAUCAUGUACGACACAGAACCUGACGAGUAUCAGUUUAAUUUGGAUGACCGUGUUGAUGAACCAACUAGAGUCUUGAUCAGAAGCAAGAUUGUACCUCAGAUUAGAGAAGUCUUGAAGGAUUUUGGUCCGACUUUGAUCAAUGUCCACGGAUCUGACAUUCAAGUUAGUGAAAGCCAGGUUAUGUCGACUUUCACAAAGGGAAACCAGAACCUAACGUAUAUGAAGCCAGUGGUGAAGGAGAAAACAACCUUUAACAAGGGUGAAUCGGAAACAAAAGAAAAGAAGUCAAGCCCACUGCCUGAAUACGCACAAAAAUACAAUAUUUCUUCUUUGCACUUGAGUUCGGAAUUCAACACUUCAGCCGAACAAUUAUACAUAACAUUGUUAGAUCCCCAAAGGGUUUCGCUUUGGACAAGGUCCCCACCUGGAGGUAUUGAGCCAAAAGUUGGGGCUGAGUUCAAACUUUUUGGUGGCGGUGUUGAGGGCAAGAUCCUCAGAUUGGUUAAGAACAAAGAGAUUGAGAUGUUAUGGAGGUUGAGUAGCUGGAAAGAAGGUCAUUACGUGAAAAUCUUGUUCAAGCUUAACCAGGGGCAGAAUGAAACCUCAAUGGAUGUAGACAUGAAUGGAGUUCCGAUUGGUGAAGAGGAGCUAGUGGAAGGUAACUUCAAAGAUAAAUAUUUCAGAGCAAUCAAGUUGACCUUUGGGUUUGGUGCGGUGUUAUAA